GUGACAGCUCAGAGAAGAGGUCCUUCAAAUCCUGCGAGGAUGGAAACCUGGUAAGAAGAAAGCAGGGUCUAAACGGCGAGAGACAGUAGAACCAUGACUUGGAGGAGCCCUCUGGCCCUGGUGAGGGAUGCCCUUCAAGGUCAGAGGGCACGGGAGAAGGAACUCCGCAGCCUGACCUCCAAUCUGCCUCAUGAGGGACAGGGGAGAGGAACGCAGCCCAAUCGCUUCUUCUCAUCCAACGCCAUCAAAACCACCAAAUACUCGCUUCUGUUUUUCAUUCCCAUGAACCUUUUCGAGCAGUUUCACCGUCUGGCUAACAUCUACUUUGUGGGUUUGGCCAUUCUGAACUUUAUCCCCGUGGUGAACGCCUUCCAGCCAGAGGUAGCUCUGAUCCCCAUCUGUGUCAUCUUGUCUCUGACGGCCCUGAAGGACGCCUGGGAGGACUUUAGGAGGUACCAGUCGGACAGGAGGGUCAACAACAUGCCAUGUUUCAUCUACAGCAGGAAGCAGAAACGGUUCGUGGAGAGACGAUGGAAGGACGUGCGUGUGGGAGAUUUCGUGAAGGUGGUCUGCAACGAGAUCGUUCCCGCAGACCUCCUCCUGCUCUACUCAUCCGAACCCAACGGCGUGUGCCACAUCGAGACGGCCAACCUGGACGGAGAAACCAACCUGAAGCAGAGGACGGUUGUUUCUGGAGUUUGCACAACGAACCUGCAGGAUCGUGGAUUUGAACCCGAGAGCUUCAACAGCACUGUGGUGUGUGAAAAACCCAACAACAACCUGAAUCAUUUCAAGUGUUUCGUAGAGAAACCCAAUAAGGAGAAGUUGGGCGCUGGCAUCGAGAGUUUGCUGCUGCGAGGCUGCACAGUGAGGAAUACGGGCCACGCUGUCGGAUUUGUGGUGUAUGCAGGCCAUGAAACCAAGUCCAUGCUCAACAAUGGCGGGUCGAGGUCCAAGCGCAGCAAACUGGAGCGUAAGCUAAACAUAGACGUCUUCUUCUGCGUCAUCCUCCUCUUCACCAUGUGUCUCGUCGGCUCAGUGGGUCACUACAUGUGGCUGGAGUCACGGACUGGGUCGCCCCCGUACCUACUGCCUGACAGCAGAAGUAACAGUCUGGCUAGUUUCCACAUGUUCUUCACCAUGAUCAUCCUCCUGCAGAUCCUGAUACCCAUCUCCCUCUACUUGUCUAUUGAACUGGUGAAGAUUGGCCAGAUCUUCUUCAUUGUUAAUGACAUCGACCUGUACGACGAGGAGACAGACAGCUGCAUGCAGUGUCGAGCUCUGAACAUCACAGAGGACCUUGGACAAAUCGACUACGUCUUCUCAGACAAGACGGGCACUCUCACCGAGAACAAGAUGGUGUUCCGCCGAUGCACCAUCAUGGGCACGGAGUUUCCACACAAAGAAAAUGCUAUUCGCCUUGCUGUCCUUGAUGAGCCUGAGUCCGAGGAAGAGAUUAUCUUCAACCAGCGUCCACAUUCCUCCCAGACGGCUUGGUCCUUCGAAGGGGAGGACGCCGGACCCAUGGACAUGCAUCGACGUGGCCAGAAGAAAAGCAAGGUGGUGGGAACGGCCCGGAGCGACGUGGCCUUCAGCAGUCCCCUGGAAACUGAAGUCGUUCCGGAUCAGAACCUGGUCCGGCAGAUUAGCAGAGCGGAGAGCAGAGGCGGCAGCCAGAGGACGGAUCCUUACCUGGACUUCUUCCUGGCUCUCACCAUUUGCAACACGGUGGUGGUUUCCAGGGCAACAGCUCGGAGACAGAGGGCGGGUUUGUCUCCAUGCUCCUCUCAGACAAAUAACUCUUUUGAAGCAUUGUCUGAUCUGGUGAAGAAGGCCAGUUUAUUAAUCCAACGCAAGUCCAGCAGAUUCCGCGCCCAGUCCCAGGGCCCGGUCAUAGACUCUGUAAGGAUGGAGAGCCCUGCAGACACUAAUGGUCUGUCCCCGAGCGUCAGGCCUACAGCACCUGCAGGCUCAGAGAAUCUCUACUAUGAAGCAGAGAGUCCAGACGAGGCGGCCUUGGUCCACGCAGCCAGGGCCUACGGGUUUGUCCUGCUGGCCCGCACCCCUAAAAAUGUGAGUGUGAGGCUUCCGUCCGGGCAGGUCCUGGACUUUGAGGUGCUGGACGUCUUGACCUUCGACUCUAACAGGAAGAGGAUGUCUGUGCUGGUGCGACACCCCAUCACCAAAGAGUGCGUGCUGUACACCAAAGGUGCAGAUUUUGCCAUAAUGGAGCUGCUGGGAACACCAUACGCAGAAAACCUCAGUAAGAGUCAUAAAAACAUAGCGUCUGAUACUCAGCGUCACCUGGACGGCUAUGCUAAGGAGGGUUUCCGCACUCUGUGCAUCGCUAAGAAGGUUGUGAGUGAAGACGAGUACAGACGCUGGUUGGUGAGCAGAAAGAGCGCUCAGGCUGCUAUAGAGCAGAAGGAGCAGCUCAUCAUGGACACAGCUGUGCAGAUGGAGACAAACCUCACCCUGCUGGGGGCGACGGGCAUCGAGGACCGGCUGCAGGAGAACGUCCCGGACACCACUGUGGCUCUACGAGAGGCAGGGAUCCAUGUGUGGGUGCUGACAGGUGACAAGCUGGAGACGGCUGUCAACAUCGGCUACGCCUGCAGGCUACUGGAGGACGAAGACCUGUUGAUUAGCAUGAGCUGCAAAAACAAGGUGACGUGUACGUCCAGCCUGGACUGUAAUCUGGAAGAGAUGAGGAGGUACAGCGAGAACCCUCAGAAUGUGGGCACCAUUCCCAACAUCUCCCUGGUGAUCGAUGGACACACUCUGGCCAUGGUGCUGUCCCCCGACCUGCAGGACCGGUUCGUGGACCUGGCCAAACGCUGCCGCACGGUGCUGUGCUGCAGAAUGACGCCCUUACAGAAGAGCGCCGUGGUGAAACUGGUCAGGGACAAACUCAAAGUCAUGACGCUGGCCGUCGGUGACGGUGCAAACGAUGUCAACAUGAUCCAAGCAGCUGAUGUUGGUGUGGGGAUAUCCGGUCAGGAGGGGAUGCAGGCGGUCAUGGCGAGCGACUUCGCCAUUUCUCGCUUCAAGCACCUGAAGAAACUCCUGCUGGUCCACGGACACUGGUGCUACACUCGGUUGGCCAACAUGAUUAUUUAUUUCUUCUAUAAGAAUGUGGCCUAUGUGAACCUUCUGUUCUGGUACCAGUUCUUCUGUGGCUUUACAGGCACAGCCAUGAUCGACUACUGGCUGAUGAUUUUCUUCAACCUCUUCUUCACCUCGACACCCCCCAUCAUGUUCGGGAUCUUUGACAAAGAUGUAUCUGCGGAGGUCCUGCUGGGGGUCCCUGAGCUGUACAGGACGGGUCAGGGUAAAGGGGAAUAUAAUUUCCUAACGUUCUGGAUUUCCAUUCUGGAUGCCUUCUAUCAGAGCCUGGUGGGCUUCUUUAUUCCAUAUUGGGUUUAUAAGGAUUCAGAUGUUGAUAUUUUCACUUUUGGAACUCCUCUGAACACCAUCUCUUUAUUCACCAUGCUGCUGCAUCUUUCCAUAGAAAUCAAAUCCUGGACGGUGGUCCACUGGAUUAUCAUGCUGGGCAGCGUGGGGCUGUACUUCGGUGUGACGCUUGCCUACAGUGCCAUCUGUGUUAACUGCAACCCCCCGUCCAAUGCCUACUGGGUGCUCCAGAGCCAGAUGGGCGAUCCCAUGUUCUACCUAGUCUGCACCAUCUCCACGCUGGUAGCUCUGCUCCCCAGGUACACGUUUCACGUGCUGAAGAACUCCAUAUCCCCCUCCCCACUCCUACAAGGCCGGGAACUGGACCGGAUGGACCCCAGCACAAGAGAUCAGUGGAUCAGGGAGUGGAGGGGCUUCAGAGGAGGUGGAGGAGGGCAGGUUAAACGCUACCAACUGUCUCCCCCACCCUCUCCCACUCAGGAAACCCCCGUGGACUUUCGUCCCGAGUUUCUCAACAGUGCUGAAGCCACGAGUGAUGAUUUCAGUCUGAACGUCACCACACAGAGGCCUGUGUACACAUGAUGGGUUUUAAAAAAACGAGCACCAUGAUAAUAAUUUAUUUAGAAAAUUGUAAAUGUCUGAACUGCUACAUGUGGAUGAGUGAGUACUGUUUUGAUUUUGAAGGGAUAAAAAAAGACUGGAUGUAAAUUUUCCAAUAAACUGUUAAUUUAA